AUGACCGUGACUGUGACCCACACCUACACCCGCACCGACGGCCCUCCGACGAAAAAACUCUAUGCGUCGCAUGCACUACCCUCAUACUCCAGGUCCAGCACCGAUGUGGAAGGUGAUAAGAAUCCGCCCCGCAGUCUUGUUCUAACACUGUUCCUAUCGUCCCUGAAACGUGAUGCCAAGAUGGCAGGUUGCAUUCAAUCCGCACGCAAAUGA